AUGUUACAUUCAAUAGAAUAUUUUUAUCCUCAAUCAUUUCAUAAAUAUCCAGUUAUUAUUUUCUAUGAUUCUCAUGGUACUGACAUACGAAAUUCGACUAUAGAAUAUAUAAAAUCAUGUCUUCGACUAGCAUUAAUAUUUCAAAAUAUUGUUUUAUUUAUAGUAAUGAAAAAUCCUAGUCAAACCAUUGGCAUAAUUAAUCGUGAAAUUCCAACUAACAAUCAGCGUUCAAUAGGCUAUCCUUUUAUAUGUCAAUUUUGGUUGCAUACAGUAUUCCAUCAUCCAUUAAUCAAAAAUAAUUAUACUUGUAUUAUGAGAUUAGAUGAUGAUAGUUACCUUUUAGAACCAAUUCAUAAAGACUUUUUUGAUUAG